AUGCUAGGUAUUACAUCAAUAUCAUCAUCCUAUGGGAAAAUGUGGUCUGUUGAAGAUCCCGUUCCUACCAUCCAUCAUGAUGUUUAUCAAGCAAUUGAUCCUCGAACAACACUUAAAGGUACUGCUCGAGGAAAAAUCAUAUUAAUAACAGGUGGUGCACAAGGCAUCGGAAAAGCUGUAGCUUUCGCGUUCGCCCAUGCUGGUGCAAAGGCAUUAUCCCUAGCCUCAAGAAAAAUAUUGGCUGUCUCACAGGAUCUGGAAAGAGAACUGAAACAGAUUAAUUCGGAUAUUGAAGUACUAUUUACCCAGACAGAUGUCACAUCAGAAACAGAUGUAGAGAAAUUAUUUCAAGUGACAAAAGAAAAACUGGGUGGUGGUGUAGACGUAUUGGUAAACAAUGCUGCUAUGUUGGAAACAUUUCGACCAGUGGGUCAAUCAACAGUGGACGAAUGGUGGAAGUGUUAUGAAAUUAAUGUUAAAGGAACGUGGCUUAUGACCCGAGAGUUUUUGAAGCAAUCAAAUGGAUGGGGUACUAUUAUCAAUACGUCAAGUAUUGGAUCGCUUAAAACAAUACCGGGAUGCAGUGGCUAUCAAUCUGGGAAAACGGCCAUUAAUCGCUUCACCGAUUUUGUUUAUGAAGAAUAUAACGAUAAAGGCGUUCGCGUGUUUGCCUACCAUCCAGGAGGAAUAAAAACAGAGCUAGCGAUGCAUAUGCCCGAAGAUAGUCAUCACAUCCUCAUUGAUACUCCAGAAUUAGCAGGUGGAUUUUGCGUUUAUUUGGCAUCACCGAAGGCCGAUUUUCUCAAUGGCAGAUAUAUAUCUGCCAAUUGGGAUGUCAAUGAAUUGGAAGCAAUGCGAGAUGAAAUUCUAACCAAAAAUAAAUUCAAAAUGAUCUUAAGCUAA